GAUGAAUGACGUCGUUUCUAAGUCACUGAUCCGGGUCGUUGAAAGCCAGAAGAACUUCGUCCGCUUCUUGGAUGGCAUGGAUCCAAUUCAAAUGCUUCCAUACCUAAAAAGAAUUAUAUCUGAACAUGAUGAGCAGCUUGUCCAGAGGUGUGUUACGAACGCUGGUCGGUCGGACAGGGAGGCAAACCAAAAGCUGUGGUCUGCCCUGAAGAGACUGCCGUGUUGGUGGGAACCGUUCAUGGCGGCCCUGAAAGCGUGCGGCUACACCCAACUUUCUGAUAUUCUCAGAAACGAACUCAACCGCAUGAAACUUGAUAGAGAAGAAGACUAGUUACUCACGACACAAGUUAUGGAGACUACGUUGGUGGCAUAAUUUAUGUAAAAACGAGCAUUUGUCUUGGUGGACAAACGAAUAGGACAAGACUUCAAAAAUCCAGUGUAUUCAACAUUGUUUUAAUGGUUUGCUGCCUGUCGAUAUGCAAGUCAGAUAUUUAACUGCAUUCAACAUUGUUUUAGUGGUUUGCUGCCUGUCGAUAUGCAAGUCAGAUAUUUAAACUGCAGUCGUCUUAAAGAGGGUUUUUUUUUUUUUUUUUUUUUUUUAAAAGAAACGUAACGUCAAGGUCAGAGUCGUGUAUAAAGUGGACCAUUUUCCGUCUUGUGAUAAUCUAUCGACAGAAACGAUCUUGCAAUAAAGGAAUUUGUAAGCCUGCCCGAAAAUAAAUAUUUAAUACCAGUGAACUGAAAUAGCAUGGAGCCGUCUUCGAUAUCAUUUUAUUAAUAUUAGCUUUUAGACGGGUUAUUACAUGUCAAUAUUCAGCCAGCCACUUUUCGCUAAACGUUUGCAAACUAUUUUGAUUGGUUCCUGAGAUAGUCGUUCGGUUUAUUGUGUAGCGUUCAAAUGGGACUAGCAAGCGUUGGUGACAAACGCCCGGCUGGAGUUACCUCAGCAUUCUUAUCGAGAGAUAGGAGCAGACGAAGAAGCAGUUCUAAUUGAUAUCCUUUUCAGUCAGUAGAAAAUAAUUUAAUCAUUGGUGGGUCUUUUUUUUUUAUUUAUUAUUAUUAUUAUUAUUAUUAUUAUUUUUUUUUUUUUUUUUUAAUUUGAUAUGUAAAGUCUUACCCUGACAUAAACACAAGCAAACUGUGUCUCACAAUAUAAAUAGUAUAUGAUUUCAAAGGUCUAAAACAUCCUUCAACUAUACACCUGGGAAUUGAUCAAGCAACUCCUGAAACGUAUUGCAGCCAAUAAGACACGUAGAAGCUCGUGCCGACGAGUUUUAAAUUGCGAGUUUUUACAUAUAUUCUCUAUCUACUGGGUACUUAACCGAGAUGACAUGAAUUAAUUAUUUAUGAGAAGCUUCAUAGUUAUAAUACAUUGUCAUGCAUGUUUACGUUUUCUGUCUUUCCCCACAGAAUACGUUAAAUACUGAAGUAACGAUAGUCUUAGUUGCUGUCAGUUGUUCUGUAUACACCGAACAUUAAUAGAAUACGUUAAAUACUGAAGUAACGAUAGUCUUAGUUGCUGUCAGUUGUUCUGUAUACACCGAACAUUAAUAGAAUACGUUAAAUACUGAAGUAACGAUAGUCUUAGUUGCUGUCAGUUCUGUAUACACCGAACAUUAAUAGAAUACGUUAAAUACUGAAGUAACGAUAGUCUUAGUUGCUGUCAGUUGUUCUGUAUACACCGAACAUUAAUAGAAUACGUUAAAUUCUGAAGUAACGAUAGUCUUAGUUGCUGUCAGUUGUUCUGUAUACACCGAACAUUAAUAGAAUACGUUAAAUACUGAAGUAACGAUAGUCUUAGUUGCUGUCAGUUGUUCUGUAUACACCGAACAUUAAUAGAAUACGUUAAAUUCUGAAGUAACGAUAGUCUUAGUUGCUGUCAGUUGUUCUGUAUACACCGAACAUUAAUAGAAUACGUUAAAUUCUGAAGUAACGAUAGUCUUAGUUGCUGUCAGUUGUUCUGUAUACACCGAACAUUAAUAGAAUACGUUAAAUACUGAAGUAACGAUAGUCUUAGUUGCUGUCAGUUGUUCUGUAUACACAUUAAUUACAGUGUUUUGUAUCCACGAAAUGUUCACAAUUACUGGCGAAGUGUAAGUGAGAUGGUGAAAACAAGGUAGCGCUUAAUGAACUGCCAGGUGUGUUUAUCUGCGCGUGCUCCCGCCUCCCACGGCAGUACAACACGAGGCGAAGUGGAAAGACUUCUCUAGGUAAACAACAAUGGCACGUUUAAACUGUGACACUGUGAUGGGUAUUUGGUUCUUUACUCAGUACUAGUUUACAUCCCAGUCCCACAGAACUCGAACAACUAGAGUGUUCAUUUUAGAGGCACUCGUGAUAAAUUCAAUAUAGUAGUAUACGUGAACCAGCAGCAAAUACACAUACAGAGAGAGAGAGAGAGAGAGAGAGAGAGAGAGAGAGAGAGAGAGAGAGAGAGAGAGAGAGAGAGAGAGAGAGAGAGAGAGAGAGAGAGAGACACACACACACACACACACAGAGAAAGCGUUACUUAUAUUAACUAAUCAUUGCAGUCUGAUUUGAUGUGUGUUAUUUGUAAUUAACCUGUUUUAUAUUAUACUAGGGCGGACCCGAAUGGGAGCAGAGGACCUCUCCGAAAAAACAAAAACAAGUGUCCCCUUUUAAAAUAAUUUGUUUUACAAUUUUUAUUUCACGAAUGUCAAACUGUUGUUGAGGUUCACUUUCAGGAAUUGGUCCAUGUGCCUUUUUGUCCUUGGUCCCUUCCGUAAAAUAUGUUUCUGGAUCCGCCCUUAAUACUCUUACAUGUAUAAUAAAUUAUAUUUUAUAAAAAAA